AUGAUUGCCGCACCUAUUAUUGUAGCGUAUUUUGCUGCAUGGUCGAUCUAUUCUCGAUCAUACAAUAUUGUUGAUAUUCCUGGAGAUAAAAUUACACAUAUCAAUUAUGCUUUUGCUAACAUUGGUUCUGAUGGUGUAUUGAUCUUAGGUGAUUCAUGGGCUGAUGUAGAAAAGGCUUUUCCAGGUGAUACAUGGGAUCAACCAUUACGUGGAAAUUUCAAUCAAUUACUUAAACUUAAACAAAAAUAUACACAUAUUCGAACAUUGAUCUCCGUUGGUGGAUGGACAUGGUCUGGUAAAUUUUCUGAUGUUGCUUUGACAACAGCGAGUCGCUCAAAAUUUGCUCGAUCGUGUGUAGAAUUUGUGCAAAAAUAUGGCUUUGAUGGAGUUGAUCUCGAUUGGGAAUAUCCCGUAUCUGGUGGUCUCACAGGCAAUAUCGUUCGACCAGUUGACAAAGAAAACUACGUACUUUUACUCAAAGAAAUUCGUCAACAACUUGACAGUGCUGGCACUCUUGAUGGUAAGACAUACUUAUUAACUGUCGCAACAGGUGCUGGUACAGAACGUAUCGCUGAUAUGGAUUUACCUGGUAUGGCAAAUUAUCUCGAUUGGAUCAACGUUAUGACCUAUGACUUUCACGGUGGAUGGGAAGCCAAGACUGGUCAUAAUGCUCCUUUAUAUAAAAACGAUGCUGAAACAGCCACCGAUGUAUCUCCAUCAUUCAUUAAAUCACGAUACAACUGUAAUGCAGCUAUUCAAGCCUAUAUUGCUGCUGGUGUAUCUCGUUCCAAACUUAUUAUGGGUUUAGGUUUAUACGGACGUGGUUGGCAAGGAGUUACAAGUACAGCUCAAAAUGGAUUUUCUCAAGCAGCAUCAAGUCAACUUCCCAUGGGCACAUGGGAAAAUGGUAUAUUCGAUUAUGAUCAUUUGAAGAAAAGCUAUUUACCGACAUACACACGCUACUGGGAUGAUGCAUCCAAAGUCCCAUUUUUAUUUAAUUCAUCAACUGGUAUUUGGAUUAGUUACGAUGAUCUUGAAUCUAUUUCGAUUAAAAAUAAUUACAUCAAGCAACAACAAUUAGGCGGUGCUAUGUUCUGGGAGUUAAGUGGCGAUCGUAAUGCCGAACUUGUUGGUGCUACAUUUGCAGCAUUAUUCAAUGGACAAACACCAGCCCCAGUUACCUAUCCAUCAACUUCACCAGGAGCGUCAACCGCUGCCACAAAUCCACCUGCUUCAACAACCAGUGGAGCAACUACACAAGCACCUAGCGGAGACGCUCUUCCAUGGCAAGCUAACAAAUCCUACAGCGUGGGAGAGCGAGUAACAUUUGAAGGUAAAACUUAUCGAUGCCUUCAAGCACAUACAUCUUUACCCAGUUGGACACCUGCUGCUAUUGCUGCACUUUGGCAGCUUAUCUAA